GGGGCGAGGGGGAGAGGGACCUAUUUAAAGCUACCCAGUGGCUUGGGCUGUCUCUGUCUGCCUGCCAGGGUCUCUGGCUGCCCCAGACGGGCCGGUGUGGGCUUGGGACCCUCUGCAGCCUAGGUCCCCUCAGCCACUCUGCCCCAAGAUGGGUCGCGGGGCCGGCCGCGAGUACUCACCUGCCGCCACCACCGCGGAGAAUGGGGGUGGCAAGAAGAAGCAGAAAGAGAAGGAACUGGAUGAGCUGAAGAAGGAAGUGGCCAUGGAUGACCACAAGCUGUCUUUGGAUGAGCUGGGCCGAAAAUACCAAGUGGACUUGUCCAAGGGCCUCACCAACCAGCGGGCUCAGGACAUACUGGCUCGGGACGGACCCAACGCCCUCACUCCACCCCCGACAACUCCUGAGUGGGUCAAGUUCUGUCGCCAGCUUUUCGGGGGCUUCUCCAUCCUGCUGUGGAUUGGGGCCAUCCUCUGCUUCCUGGCCUUUGGCAUCCAGGCCGCCAUGGAGGAUGAACCAUCCAAUGACAAUCUCUAUCUAGGUGUGGUGCUGGCCGCUGUGGUCAUCGUCACCGGCUGCUUCUCUUACUACCAGGAAGCCAAGAGCUCCAAGAUCAUGGAUUCCUUCAAGAACAUGGUGCCUCAGCAAGCCCUUGUGGUCCGGGAGGGAGAGAAGAUGCAGAUCAAUGCAGAGGAGGUGGUGGUAGGAGACCUGGUGGAGGUGAAGGGUGGAGACCGCGUGCCCGCCGACCUCCGCAUCAUCUCUUCUCACGGCUGCAAGGUGGACAACUCAUCCCUAACGGGCGAGUCGGAGCCCCAGACCCGCUCCCCCGAGUUCACACACGAGAACCCCCUGGAGACCCGCAACAUCUGUUUCUUCUCCACCAACUGUGUGGAAGGCACUGCCAGGGGCAUUGUGAUUGCCACUGGGGACCGGACAGUGAUGGGCCGCAUAGCCACUCUCGCCUCGGGCCUCGAGGUCGGACGGACGCCCAUAGCCAUGGAGAUUGAACAUUUCAUCCAGCUGAUCACGGGAGUGGCCGUGUUCCUGGGGGUCUCCUUCUUCGUGCUUUCUCUCAUCCUGGGCUACAGCUGGCUGGAAGCAGUCAUCUUCCUCAUCGGCAUCAUUGUGGCCAACGUGCCAGAGGGGCUCCUGGCCACCGUCACCGUGUGCCUGACCCUGACAGCCAAGCGCAUGGCGCGGAAGAACUGCCUGGUAAAGAACCUGGAGGCUGUGGAGACACUGGGCUCCACCUCUACCAUCUGCUCGGACAAGACGGGCACCCUCACCCAGAACCGCAUGACCGUCGCCCACAUGUGGUUUGACAACCAGAUCCAUGAGGCUGACACCACCGAAGACCAGUCUGGGGCCACUUUUGACAAGCGAUCCCCAACCUGGACGGCCCUGUCUCGGAUUGCUGGGCUUUGCAACCGUGCUGUCUUCAAGGCUGGGCAGGAGAACAUCUCUGUGUCUAAGCGGGACACGGCAGGCGACGCUUCCGAGUCAGCACUGCUCAAGUGCAUUGAGCUCUCCUGUGGCUCAGUGAGGAAGAUGAGGGACAGAAACCCCAAGGUGGCAGAGAUUCCGUUCAACUCCACCAAUAAGUAUCAGUUGUCCAUCCACGAGCGAGAAGACAGCCCCCAGAGCCACGUGCUGGUGAUGAAGGGAGCCCCAGAGCGUAUCCUGGACCGGUGCUCCACCAUCCUGGUGCAGGGCAAGGAGAUCCCUCUUGACAAGGAGAUGCAAGAUGCCUUUCAAAACGCCUACAUGGAGCUGGGAGGCCUUGGCGAGCGUGUGCUGGGCUUCUGUCACCUGAACCUGCCCUCUGGGAAGUUUCCUCGGGGCUUCAAAUUUGACACGGAUGAACUGAACUUUCCCACGGAGAAGCUCUGCUUUGUGGGACUCAUGUCCAUGAUCGACCCGCCCCGGGCUGCUGUGCCAGAUGCUGUGGGCAAGUGCCGGAGCGCAGGCAUCAAGGUGAUCAUGGUGACUGGGGAUCACCCGAUCACGGCCAAGGCCAUUGCCAAAGGCGUGGGCAUCAUCUCAGAGGGCAACGAGACAGUGGAGGACAUUGCAGCCCGGCUCAACAUUCCAGUGAGUCAAGUCAACCCCAGAGAAGCCAAGGCAUGUGUGGUGCACGGCUCUGACCUCAAGGACAUGACAUCGGAGCAGCUGGACGAGAUCUUGAGGAACCACACAGAGAUCGUCUUCGCCCGCACAUCUCCCCAGCAGAAGCUCAUCAUCGUGGAGGGCUGUCAGAGACAGGGAGCCAUCGUGGCGGUGACGGGUGAUGGGGUGAAUGACUCCCCCGCGCUGAAGAAGGCGGACAUCGGCAUCGCCAUGGGCAUCUCUGGCUCUGACGUCUCGAAGCAGGCAGCGGACAUGAUCUUGCUAGAUGACAACUUCGCCUCCAUUGUCACCGGCGUGGAGGAGGGUCGCCUGAUCUUUGACAACCUGAAGAAAUCCAUCGCCUACACCCUGACCAGCAACAUCCCCGAGAUCACGCCCUUCCUGCUGUUCAUCAUCGCCAACAUCCCCCUGCCCCUGGGCACCGUGACCAUCCUCUGCAUCGACCUGGGCACCGACAUGGUCCCUGCCAUCUCCUUGGCCUACGAGGCGGCUGAGAGUGACAUCAUGAAGCGGCAGCCACGAAACCCCCAGACUGACAAGCUGGUGAAUGAGCGCCUCAUCAGCAUGGCCUACGGACAGAUCGGGAUGAUCCAGGCGCUGGGUGGCUUCUUCACCUACUUCGUGAUCCUGGCAGAGAAUGGCUUCCUGCCAUCACGGCUGCUGGGAAUCCGCCUCGACUGGGAUGACCGGACCAUGAAUGACCUGGAGGACAGCUACGGACAGGAGUGGACCUAUGAGCAGCGGAAAGUGGUAGAAUUCACCUGUCACACGGCCUUCUUCGCCAGCAUCGUGGUUGUACAGUGGGCCGACCUCAUCAUCUGCAAGACCCGGCGCAACUCGGUCUUCCAGCAGGGCAUGAAGAACAAGAUCCUGAUUUUUGGGCUCCUGGAGGAGACGGCAUUGGCUGCCUUUCUGUCUUACUGCCCGGGCAUGGGUGUGGCCCUCCGCAUGUACCCCCUCAAGGUCACGUGGUGGUUCUGUGCCUUCCCCUACAGCCUCCUCAUCUUCAUCUAUGAUGAGGUCCGAAAGCUCAUCCUGCGCCGAUAUCCUGGUGGCUGGGUGGAGAAGGAGACGUACUACUGAGCCCACUGGAAGAAGAACCAGGCACGGAAAGAUGGGGUGCUCUGGAGGUGUUGCAGGGAUGGGGAUGGGGAGGAAUGGAAAAAAGUGGGGUGGGGUUUGGGAAGAGAGAACAAGGCCACUCUGCAGGCGUUUGGGGGUGAGGAGUAUGCCUGUGGUGACCGCCCGUAGACCUGACUGUGAGCAUCCCUCCCCACAUCCUCUUCCAGCCUGCUCCACCAUGUUGUCUGUUUGUCCUGAGGAAUGAAGGGUUACCCAGCCCCACCCUUGCCCUAGCCCUAUACUCCCACCUCCUCCUUGAACAGAUCAACAUCCAAGGGCAGGGACCUGUCUUAUCUGGGAGGAGGCGGCCCUCUCAGGUCACCAUGUGCCCCUUUAUCUCUCUGCCCUCCCUCUGCUUCUCACUUUGACGGCUCCCUAGCCUCUCCCUGAUUCUGUCCCCCUCAGUGUCCCCACUCCCUGGAACUUGAGAUCACAAAAGGCUCUCCCCGUGAGGCUAGAAGGGGCAGCUGGUUGGAGAGCCAGGCCUGUCUCCUGGUCAAGCUUGAGAGAGGGACUGGAGAAGAGAGCUGGGCAGAAGUUGGGAGGUUGGGGCAUGGAAAUAGCAAAGAAAGAGACACAGGAGAGGAUAUGGGGUGCUUUUGAAAAGACAUGAGAUGUGUCUUGACUCUCCGGAUAGGCAUGGCUCCAGCUCCAUGUCCUGCCCUUUUAGAAUCCCCCACAAGCAGACCAAAUUCAGAUCUCAGCAGAGUAGCAGCAAGGCAGGAGCAGAAGGCAAUUCAGGGAGCUCCACAGAGAGGCCACAGAGCUCCCCCGAGGUCCUCUUGGGCCACAAGAACCCCAGCUCUCUCAAUCGCAUGUGCUCGGUAACACCCCAUUGUAGCAGGUUCUGUGCUGUGCAGAGAGGGACAGCUGCCAGCUCCUCCCCGGCCCCUCCCACUCCCAGCCGCCUUGUGCCCGUCCUGCCUAGCCUGCGUCAUUCCAGGACGCUGCCAAGCCAGCCCUGGAAAAGGCGUUCCCUGGCCAUUGGCUAGAAUCGGGGUGGAGAAGUUCCCAGAGCCAGCCUGUCUUCCCAGGGACCCAUGGACUCAGCUUAGGUCAUGAGCACGGUCAGAGCCUCUGGACAACAAGAGGCACAGUACCAGGAGCACCUGCCUUUGACCUCUCAGCAAGUGUCCUUCACGGGGAUGGUCACUGCUCCUGCUUCCCCUGAGAUGGGAGUUGGUCUCAGGUGUCUGCGGGGAUACUUCCCUUUCCUUUACCCUCUCCACACCCGACAGUUUUGCUUUGCAGGCAGUUCUGUCUGUUCUCUGAGCCUGGCUUAGAGGACUCUGGGAAUGUCCUGUACAGAGACCCCCUAGGUGAACCAAGCAAGUGAGGGAGACAGCUAAGGACAGUGCAAGACCUGGGCAGAGAGGAAGAGAGCACAGAGGACAAACAGCAGGUCGGACCUACAAACAGCCUCCCAGCCCCUGUUAAUUCAUUGCACUGGAAUUUUUGCUUUAUCAGAGUAACUUGAAGUGAGUGCAUCAUUGCUUUCGGCUCUGAAUAGGCUCUAAAUAGGAAACCAUAUGAGUUUGGGCCCAAUUAAUUUGAGUUCAUUGACUGUGGACAAAAUUUUAUAUUUGUACAUACAAUAAAAUGGCAUUUGUCUGAUAAAUUAAGAGCAUACGCACUAUUGCUAGGGGUGGCAUAUUUAGUCUGCCUAAGACAGUACUUUUUAGGCACUUUAGCAAUACUCAUUUAGAUGUAGCAAAUGCAUGGGCUAAUUAUCCUCAAUCCCUGUGUAUCUGUUAAGAGACAUCCAUCUACAGCAUCUUCACUGCUGAUCUUUGUAAGACGUUAGUUUGAGACACUACGUAUGUACUUGAAAAUAAUAAAGUUACAUUUCUUUGUGGGCAAAAAAGGUCUUCCAUAAUUCAAAUUUCUAUACUUCACACAGGCCUCCCUCCCAAAUUGUGGUGUUGAAAUGUGUGCUGUGGCAGGCUGUGGCUUGUAGCAGAAGCACUGAGAGAGGGUGAAUGACAGGGCUGGAAGGGACACGAUGUGGGAACAGAGGAUGGUGCAGAGGCCAGAGGGAAUGAAGUGAGCUUGCAGUGAGCUUGCAAAAUAACCUGGAAGCAAACACACUUCGGAAGGCUGUGGGAAAAUGGGAUGCAAAAAUGCUUAUUAUUCUGGUGCCAAAGAAGUUUUAAAUCCAUGCAUAGUUUCUGCACAACACAUAUUUUAAUAAACUUUUUGAAGACGCCUCA